GGCCAGCAGGGGUGGCGGUGAGCGGGCCGCUGCGACUGCGUUGGUCGGCUGCGGAGGAGUUCUACCUGGAGAACCUGUUCACGCCCGAGGUGGAGAGUGCGGAUGAGGCCAUGCGGGCGUUCCAAGCGGGGGUGGCUAACAAGGUGAUGUCCUCCCACCGCCUCAACGCCGCCUCCAGCCGCUCGCACUGCCUGUUCACGCUGCACGUGUCCUCCUGCCCCGCCGCCUGCCCGCUGGAGCAGCGAGCAGCCAAGCUGAGCCUGGUGGACCUGGCGGGCAGCGAGCGGGCGGCGACUACUGGCGCCACGGAGGGCGCCCUCCGCGACGAGAGUGUGGCCAUCAACAAGUCCCUUUUUACCCUGCGGCAGGUCAUCACAGCCCUCACAGACGCCGCCGCCUCCUCCUCCACCACCCCCUCCUCCUCCUCCACUGCCGUACAGCCGCCCCCUGCCGCUCCCCCCCACAUCCCCUACCGCGACUCCAAGCUCACGUGCCUGCUGAAGCACUCGCUGGGCGGCCCCUCCCUCACGCUCAUGCUGGCCUGCCUGGCGCCCGCGGACCGCUGGCUGGAGGAGAACGCGAGCACGCUGGAGUACGCGGCGAGGGCGAGGAGGAUCAGGAACAAGGUGACGGUCAACGAGGACCCCCGCAGCCGCCUCAUCCGGGAGCUGAGGGCUGAGGUGGCCUUCCUGCGCCGCCAGCUGCAGGUGCAGGCGGGGGGAGCAGCGGAGGCAGGAGCAGGGGGAGCAGGCCUGCACUUCCCUUCCCUGCCGCAGCUUCCGCUACCCCCGCCGCUCAACCUCCCCUUUCAACGCCAGGCAGGGGCUGCUGCUCCCUCCGCCACCGCCACCUCCGCCACUCUCCCCUCGUAUGGCACCCCCACUGACAUGGCCACCUCCAUCCCCACCCCCACCACCACCUCUGACAACAACAACGGCGACGACGCCAGCUCCGAAACCGCCAUCAGGCUUCGUGCCGCGGGUCUGGAGGCCCUGGUGGGCUGGGCGCUGCAGGCCAGCCAGGUGGCAGUGGCCACCUCCGCGGCGCUGGCGGAGCUCCGGGCAGCAUACGGCAGGGCGGCGGCGGCGCAUGAUGCCGUACGAGUGCAAUACGACAGCUUGGCGGCGGAGGAUGCGAAGCUGCGGGACCGGGUGGCGCUGCUGGAGGCGCUGGUGGCGGGGGGAGGAGGAGGAGGCAUGCAGCGACCCAUGGGUCAUCUGGGGGAGGCGGGAGGUGGGGGGAGUGAGGCGGGGGGGAGUGGCUUGUACACGGCAUCCACGGCGGCGCUGAUAGAGCUGGAGGAGCUUCGCAGGGAGAACGCGCUGCUCCACGAGCGGCUGCAGCUGUUAGACCUGGAGCUCGCACCCGACCC